AUUCAAGUCUACAGCUUGAAGAUCAAUUCCAAAAUUACAUCUCGAUUUGCUCACAAUGUGAUAACAAGCCGUGUGGUAAACCGAGCAACAAAAUCCAAAGAAGCCCUCUUUGAAGUUGAGCUGCCCAAAACAGCUUUCAUUACCAACUUUACAAUGACAAUAGAUAGAGUGAAGUAUUCUGGAGAAGUGAAGGAAAAAGAAGUUGCUCAGCAACAGUAUGAAGUUGCAGUUUCCCAGGGGCAGACUGCAGGAUUGGUAAAAGUAUCUGGAAGAAAAAUGGAAAAGUUCCAAGUAUCAGUAAAUAUUGCACCAGCCAAAAAAGUUAAUUUUGAACUAAUCUAUGAAGAAUUAUUAAAACGCAAAUUGGGAAAAUAUGAAAUGAUCCUCAGAGUAAAACCUAAGCAGCUUGUCAAUCAUUUCCAGAUUGAUGUUCAUAUUUUUGAACCAAAAGGCAUUGCCUUCCUCAAUGUCCAUGGAACUUUCUUAACAAAUGACCUGGAACAAACUAUGGUGAAGAACAGAACUGAAACCAAGGCUCAUAUUUCCUUCAAACCAACCCUGGAGCAACAGCAAAAAUGUCCUGAUUGCAGUGAAACACUGUUGGACGGAGACUUGAUCAUACAGUAUGAUGUCAAUAGAGACCUGUCUGGUGGGGACAUUCAGAUUGUGAAUGGCUACUUUGUUCACCAUUUUGCACCUGCAAAUCUCCCAAGAGUGCCUAAGAAUGUUAUCUUUGUGAUAGACCGCAGCUUUUCUAUGCGUGGCCUCAAAUUCAGACAGACAAAGCUGGCUCUACUUAGAAUAUUAGGAGACAUGAGCACACAGGAUUAUUUUACAAUAAUCAGUUUUGAUUCUACCAUUGAAAAGUGGCGAGAUUCACUAGUUCAGGCUACUGCGGAAAAUGUUUUGCAAGCGAAAAGAUACAUCAUCUAUUUACAACUUGGAGCAGAAACAAACAUAAAUGAUUCUCUAUUACUAGCUGUAAGUCUUCUGGACACAGCUCACAAACAAAAGCAACUGCCUGAGAGAAGUGUCUCCAUGAUAAUUCUUUUAACAGAUGGUGAUCCAAAUGUGGGAGAAAAGGAUCCAGUGAAAAUCCAAAUCAAUGUUAAAAAUGCCAUACAGGAGAGGUAUAGCUUGUACUGUCUUGGCUUUGGUUUUGACGUUGAUUACAGUUUCCUGGAAAAAAUGGCACUGGAUAAUGGUGGCGUGGCUCGACGUAUUUAUGAUGAUUCAGAUUCAGCCUUGCAGCUCCAGGGUUUUUAUAAUGAAGUAGCAAAUCCCUUGCUUUUGGAUGUCGAGAUACAAUAUCAGGAGAAUGCCAUUUCAGAGUUAACAGAGGCCAAUUUCCGACAAUAUUAUGAUGGAUCUGAAAUUGUCGUAGCUGGCAAGAUAGCAGACAACAGUCUUGAUACAUUCAUGGUAGAGAUUACAGCUAAAACUGCAAGCAGUAAUUUAUCUCUUGAAGAGAAAGUCAAUGUGUCAGAGGCAGAGAGGAUUCUGCAAUAUCAGCAAUAUGUUUUUGGUGACUUUACUGAGAGAUUGUGGGCAUACUUGACUAUUCAACAACUCCUAAAUCAAAGAAUUUCAGCGAAUGCCGGAGAAAAUAAAAAACUAACAGCCAGGGCCUUGGAACUUUCGUUGAAGUACAGUUUUGUAACACCACUAACUUCAAUGGUUGUGACAAAACCUGAGGAGAACAAAAUGGAUGUAAUUGCCAUGGCUGACAAACCCAUUAAAAAUGGCGUGCUUGGACCUUUGGAUAGUGAGGAGGGAGGAAGUAAAUGACACCUACUUGCAGGGGAAGCUCCCCCAACCUUUUAUUUUUAAGUUGAUGGUGAUCCACAUUUCAUUAUCCAACUACCGAAACAAUCGAAUGCCAUCUGUUUCAACAUAAAUGGGAAACCAGGUUCAAUAUUAAAUCUUGUCACAGAUCUACAGACAGGCAUAAAUGUAAAUGGACAGUUAAUAGGAGACAAGAAAAUCGAAAACAACCAAACAUUAAAUACAUACUUUGGAACAUUUGGGAUUGAAAACAGGAAAAUCAACAUGAAAAUGGCAGUGACAACUGAAAUAAUCACCAUUUAUUACAAUGAAGAAAAUAUUAUUAUCCCUUGGUCAACUACAGCAACGUUAACAUAUGAGAGCUGUGCAGUAUCCAUCAGGAAGGAGAAAGAUCUUACAAUAACAAUGGGGGAUGGUGCAACAUUUGUUAUUGUGCUGCAUCGCGUCUGGAAAAACCACCCUCUGCACAGAGACUUCCUGGGAUUUUAUACAAUUGAUAGCCACAGGCUUUCAAAUAUGACUCAUGGAUUACUUGGUCAAUUUUACCAUGAUGUUCUUUAUAAGGUGUAUAACAUUCAUCCUGGAUCAGACCCAGAAAAACCAGAAGCCACAAUGGUUAUAAAAGGUCAUAAUCUGAUAGUAACAAGAGGAUGGCAGAAAGAUUAUCGACUUGAUUCAAAGUGGGGUGCUAAUAUCACAUGCUGGUUUGUUCACAACAAUGGGAAAGGAUUUAUUGAUGGAACAUACACUGACUAUGUUGUUUCCUCCUUAUUUGACUAA